CAGAAUAAUAUGGAGUAAUAACGAUUUGGGCACGGAGCAGUCAAAAAGCUAAGACAAUCCGCCAGGCUAUCGGCAACUGGUAGUAAAUUUCCCUCAAAAAUUAAAGACGGAGACUCCACUCUCUUUCGGUAAACGGUCCUCUUCUUUAUCACCCCGAGGUCUCAUAAGUACAUCCAGGCCCCGGACGCCAUUGUUCGUCUAUGUUUCUCUCCGGCGGGUGUUUACAGUGCACCAGCUAUCGGAUAAAUCCAUUAACGUCGUGCUUUCUUCUGUAAUUUGAUCCACGUCUCAUCACAGGUACUUUGUCGUUCAUUUCCAGAUCUGGAAUUUCUUCACGGUUUAUAUUCAGAUACAGAGCCACACGCAUUUGUGCGUAUUUAGAUAUCGAUUCUCGUAAUUGCAUUCAAUUGUAUCCUUUUUAUUUCGUUUUAGGAAGAAAGGUUAUUAGAUUAACAAAUGAAUUCCAAUUAUGGGAAGUCAAAUAUGAAGUCGGGCUCUAUGAACAAUUUCGAUUUGGAUUUCGGGCUGGGCGCUGGGCGUUCCCGAUCUCUCAAUGACCAGAAGAACCAAGCGUCUUCUGCGCAGUCAAAGCCGUAUGCGGCGGCAUCUUGGACGCACCAAUCCAACAAUAACAAGGCAUCCUGGACUCACCAACCGGCUGGAUCAUUGACAGGACCUUCGUCCUUGGUUGGGGAUAUCUUUGGGAGAAGUUGGGGGUCCUCGCUCCCUACAAAUGUUGCCAAUGUUUCUUCUUCUACUGUAGGUGUGGUGAACAAGGAUCCUAAUUUGUUUGGUGAUUUGGUGAACUCUGCCCUUGGUCAAAAUAAGGGCGGUAGCAAUGUCCCUCUGAAAAGUUCUGCCUCAUCCUUAAAUAAAAGUUCAUUUUCAAUGGGGGGUAUGGCAGAUUCCUUGCCGAAAAGUAGCUCUAUGAAGAGCAGUGGACUUUGGGGAUCUAACCAGAGCUCCGAAAGUUCUAACCGUGGAGGAGGUAGUUUUAAUACUACUAUUAGUAGCGGCAAUAUGAAUGCGAGUGGUGCAAAUAUUAAAAGUUCUGGGGUUGGAGGGCCACUAAUGGGUAGUAGUACGGUUGGGGGCAUAGGUGGAAUUGGUUCAAAGAAGGAUCCAUUUAGCACUUUGGUUGAUUUUAGGUCUAAACCAACUGCCAGCAUGAGCUCGGGAAGUCGUGUGGAUGAUGAUGUAUUUGGAGAUUUUCAAAAUGUAUCAAAGUCUGGAUCGUCAUUUUCCUCAAGUACUUUCCCCACCAGUAACACUGCUUCAGCUCCUUCAAGGACUUCUCAUCCAAAGGUUGAUGAUUUUGGAUUUACUAAUACUCAGAGUCAGCCAUAUGCCCAACCACCUUCAGGUGGUGUGGAUUUGGAUUCACUUUUCCAGUCAUCUACUAAGUCGGUUGAGGGACCUGUUGGGGAAAGCCAACAAUUUUCAGGGGGUGAUGAUUGGGGUUUCGAACCUGAGUUUGGAGGAAAUGAUAAUGGUGGGACAACGGAACUUGAAGGGCUUCCACCACCACCUGCUGGCCUCAGUGCUUCAACUGCAAAGAGUAAGGGGAUGGAUAAUUACAAGCAAGGACAAUUUGCUGAUGCUAUAAAAUGGCUAUCAUGGGCAUUCAUUCUUCUACAGAAUUCCGGCGAUGUAGCUGGUAGUGCUGCUGAAGAGGUGUUGUCGUGCAGGGCUUCCUGUUACAAAGAAGUAGGAGAGUACAAGAAGGCUGUGGCUGACUGUACAAAGGUGCUAGAACAUGAUGAAACAAAUGUAGCUAUCCUUGUACAGAGAGCCCUGCUGUAUGAAAAUAUGGAGAAGUACAAACUUGGAGCUGAAGACUUGAGAACUGUUAUGAAACUCGAUCCUGGUAAUAGACUUGCUAGAAGUACCAUCCAUCGCAUGGCUAAGAUGGCUGACACUUACUAGAGAAGUUUCACACACAAAAUCUCCGCACUUGAACUUCUUGUUUGCAGAUACCUCAGCUGAUAUUAUUUCCAUCUUGCACUUCUGUUCUUUAUUCUUUUUUCUGCCUGUACUUUUUACAUGCUAUAUUUUUUAUAAUUCUCUCUUUUUGAAACUUCUCUUUCUUCAUAGCUACUGAAGUGCUUGAAGAUCUCACACUCUAAUUGCUACUCUUUAACAUCUUAUACGAGUUCUUCCACUUCUGUAAUGUUUGGUUUGGUUCAAUUAUGUGAUAAUACUUUUCUUAUACG